AUGAAGCUGGCUUCUCUCCUCGUCGGCUCGCUGAUGCUUGCCGUCCCCGCUCUCGCCUUUGAGCAGUCUGCCAUCCAGACUCUCCGCGACGCUACGACUGCUGCCGGAGCCUACCACUCCAAGUUCCCACAUGCUGUCAGCGAAGGGCCCGAAGCAGCUAUAUCGAAUAUCAACUCUGCAACCGCGAGAGCGGCGGACGAAGCGAAGGCUGCCAUGACUGGACUGACGGUGCAGAGCCAGAGUUUCUUUGAUGCCAUGACGACGCUCUCGCAUGAUGCUACCAACCCGGCGGUGUUCUGCAGCAAGAAUAUUGACCGUCUGGGGCCGUCUAUGGGAUGGAACCUUCGCCUGGUCAGAUAUGGGGUAGAGCCCCAUGCUACGACACUGAAGAGAGACUGCAAGGAUGGAGAGAAGCUCGCUACUGAUCUGGCUGGUGGUUAUAAGAUCGCCGUCGACAGUCUUGAACAGGCCCAGGCGAUGCUAGAGAGCCCUCAGGGCAAGUGUAAGCAGUGA